AGCAGGAUAAGAAAUGAUCUCCUUGUCCCAGUCCUACUUGUUAUCAUUUUCUGCAAGACACUCCUUUGGACAGGAUGUGGCAAUUACUUCUUGUGGCGGUCUUGGUCGCCGGCAGCGAUGGAGUCAAGGUUCAGAUGACGGUAUCUAACGACUACACUGGGAAGUUUGAGGGGAAAUUCAACGUCCAUGCGACCUCCGAUACUAUCGAUGGCUGGCUUCUGGACAUCACCUUCUGCGAGGCGAUAACAGGAUUUUCGCAAUGGAUGGGUGACCCGGUUUCCAAGAACACCGAUGGCACCCAAUUCAAGAUCGUCAACAAACCCUACGACGGUAUCGUCAACAAAGGCUCGUCACUGGAAAUAACCGUGACCGGUGGCUACUCGGGAAGCAAAGCUCCUUGCGCAUCUGCGGAAUUUACCAACCUCGGGAUAGAUCCAUUCAAGGUUCAAACUCCAACGGAUCCUGACCACACCAAGUAUAACUACGAUGAAGUUCUUAUGAAGUCCAUCCUGUUCUACGAGGCGCAAAGAUCUGGUAAACUUCCGGCAAAUAACCGCGUCCCUUGGAGAGGUGACUCCGCCCUGGGUGACAAGGGAAGCGGUGGAGUGGAUCUCACGGGCGGAUGGUACGAUGCCGGUGAUCACGUGAAGUUCGGCCUUCCCAUGGCCUACUCCACCACGGUUCUACUCUGGGGCCUCAUACAGUUCAAGGAUGCCUACCAGAAGUCCCACCAGCUAGACUACAUGUAUGACAGUGUUAAAUGGCCACUUGAUUACUUCAUUAAGGCCCACGUCAGCAAGAACGAGUUUUAUGUCCAGGUCGGGGACGGUGGCGCGGACCACGCCUACUGGGGCCGCCCCGAGGACAUGACCAUGACGAGACCAGCCUACAAGAUCUCCACUUCCUGUCCAGGUGCCGACGUCGCUGCUGAGACCGCUGCUGCCUUUGCAGCUGGAUAUUUAGCGUUCAAGGACAAAGAUUCUACGUAUGCGGCAAACCUGCUUCAACACGGGAGGGAUUUGUACGACUUCGCCCUCAACAACCACGGCAUCUACACCGACUGCAUCAACGAGGCCGCUGCUUACUACAGGUCAAUGGGAUACAAGGACGAGCUGGCUUGGGGAGGGGCGUGGAUGUACUGGGCUACGAAAGAACAGAAGUAUCUUACUGCAGCUGAGAACUUCCACCAGAACGGGUCAGCAUGGGGAUUCUCCUGGGACGACAAACAGGCAGGAGAAACAGUGUUGCUGUACAAGCUGACGAAGAAAGACAAGUACAAGCAGGACAUUGUACAGACCUACCAAGACUGGAUGCCGGGUGGCUCCAUCCCUUACACGCCAAACGGCCUCGCCUACCGACUGCAGUGGGGAGCCAACAGAUAUGCCUCUAACAUGGCGUUCACGGCAAUGAUGGCGGCCGAGGAAGGGCUGAACGCAGCAGCAUACCGGAAGUGGGCGAUGAGUCAGAUUCACUACACGCUUGGAGAUGCUGGCCACAGCUUUGUCGUGGGGUACGGGAAGAACGCCCCACAACGCCCCCACCACAGAGGAAGCUCCUGCCCAAUGAUGCCUGCCCCCUGUGGUUGGAACGACGAGAGACAACCGGGGGCGAACCCCCACACACUAUUUGGGGCUUUAGUAGGAGGGCCGGAUAAGUCAGGGGCGUACGCCGAUAAGCGAUCAGAUUAUGUCAAGAACGAGGUGGCCUGUGACUACAACGCUGCCUUCCAAGGUGUAGUUGCAGGUCUGAAAUCGCUUUACUUGAGGAACCAAUACCCGAAAUAAACCCGACAUGCUUGUAUACUCACGAAUAAAUAUGUACACUUCUACACAA